AAAAAUGACGUCACACUUGUCUUGUCCUCCAUUUUCAUGAUGCUUGUAUGAUGCUUGAAAAAAAUCGGUUUAAAUUGCAAAUAAGUGUGAAUUUGCUACAAGUGUGAGUAAAAACACUUACUUUCGCCCACACUUAUGAUUAUUCAACAGGUGUAAAAAUAGCCGGUUAAAAUGGAAGGCGAGCAGUUUUCUUUGUGUUGGAACAAUUUUCACAGUAAUUUAAGUUCGGGGUUCAAUUCCCUGCUCAAGGAUGAGGAUUUGGUGGACGUGACUUUGGCAGCAGGGGGGCGCUUCAUGAAGGCCCACAAGACUGUCCUAUCGGUGUGUAGCCCCUUUUUCAAGGAGCUGUUCAGGGCCAACCCUAGCAAGCACCCCAUUGUCAUCCUGCCUGAUGUAAAUUACAAGGCUCUGUGUAAUUUACUGCAGUUUAUGUACCAAGGGGAGGUCAGUGUGAGUCAAGAGGAAAUACCCAUGUUUAUGAGGGUGGCGGAGAUGCUGAAAGUCAAGGGGUUGACUGAUAACAGCUCGUCUUCGUCCUCGUCCUCCGAAUCAAACGGCUACACUGCAUCCAGUCGAAUCCCGUACAGUUUUUCCGACCAAAGACAAAUCAUGAAACGACCAAGACCUGUCAAAAAAGUGAUAAAGCCCAUGCAGCCCCUGCGACCUAUUGACAGCCCCAAACCAAGGUCACCUCAUCCUCCGCCCCCUAAACGGCCCCACAUUGAGGAGCCCCCUAUCAGACAGGAAGAACAAGAGUUUCCUGAAGCGUUAGUGAAGCCAAAGGAAGAGCCUCUGGAUGAUACCGAAAGUAACACUUCACAAAAGUUUGAAGAAAAUAGUUUAGAUUUGUCAACGAUGUUGGAUACGAAAAUUGGGGAGUCGUCAAGUUGGCAAACCUCCGAAAUUAUCAAUAAACCUCAGGAUUCGUCAACACCAGGUGGCGGUUUGAUGUUGAUUAAAAGUGGGCGUGGCCAGUUGGUUCUAAUCCACCAAGGUCAUAUUUACAUACAUUGUGAUACGAAAAAUAACCGACAUAUGUGGGUGUGUGUGAAGAAGAAAACGCUCAAUUGUGAAGGCUGUCUCACGACCUUGAACGGACCCAUACUUCUCUCGUACAGUGAACACAACCAUCCACAAUUACAGGACGUUAUACAAAGACUGCAAGUACCUAGCUGUAGUGUGUCACCCGAACUGAUGUAACACACCAAUGCCAUAGUUUUCGGACAAAGAAUUGUUAUUUAUUUUUGUUGAUUUAUACCAAAUAUUUAUUUCCGUUAUUUUAUUUUCUAUGACGAGUUGGGAGUGAUUUUAUUGUUUUUGUUGACCAGUCAGGAUAUUUUAUUUAUUUAUUUAUUAUCGAACGUUUUUGUAUUAAUUUUCCGUUAAUAAAAAAUGGGAACCCA